AUGGUGGUGGCGCUUUGGCGUAGAGAAGAUGCGUUGUGGAGGAAGACAAUGGUUGAAAAAUUUGGCGAAACAUUUACCGAUUGGGAAACUCUCCAACCCAAAGGUUCGAAAGGUGGUAGCUUGUGGUUUAAUAUCUAUAAAGAGCUUGAAGAUUUUAAUAAAAGUAUUAGAUUCAAGAUUGGAGCGGAUAAGGAAACUAGAUUUUGGGAAGAUUCUUGGCUUGGUGAAGGAAGAUUAUAUGAUAUAUUUCCUUUGGCAUAUGAAGCUUCAAGGACCAAAGAAUUUGUGGUGGCUAGUAUGUACGACGUUAGGGAAGAUGGUGUAAGGUGGAAGUUUAUGUCUAGGCAAAGAUAUUCUCAAACCAUUUCAAGUGAAGUGUUAUCAAUAUCAAAUCUUUUUUCUUUCAUCUCUAUUCAAGAAGGGGUUAUGGAUACCCGAAUUUGGGUUGGUAGUGAUCAUGGUCAAUAUACGGUAAAUGAUGGAAUUAAAGUCAACGACGAUCAAGGUGGGCCGGAUUAUCCAUCCAAUAUUUUUUGGAGUAAUGAAUACCCUCACAAAAUCAAUUUCUUUAUUUGGAUUCUUUCUCAUGAUCGAGUAAUGACGGCGGAUAAACUUUUACGAAGAGGUAUGGAUGUCUCUAGUGCUUGUCAUUUUUGCGAGGAGGACGAUGAAUCAAGUAUGCAUUUGUUUUAUGGCUGUUGGAGAAUGCGGAGAAUAUGGGACUAUUUUGUUGAAGGGUGUCAAUUUGGAUGGUCAUAUGACCCUAAUGUCAUUACAUCUAUGAAGACUUGGAAGUUUAAUUGGGGAGACGAAAGACUUGGUCGAAUAUGGAAUAACAUCCGGGUUGCUAUAUGGUGGUGUAUAUGGAAAGAGCGAAAUGUGAGAACCUUUGAAAACAAAAAGAAAACUUUGGCAAGCCUCAUUAGAGAUAUCAAAUUGCAAGCAUUUUUUUGGGCCGAAUCAAAUACAAAAAUGUUGGGGCUUACGGCAAAUAUGGUGAUUUCUCUAUGGGAUUCAUUAUACCGGCUUCCGUCAUAA